AUGGCGUCCCCUUGUCGCACUCGGCCUGGUGCCAUUCCUGUCCCUCGGUGUCCUGUCAUCUUCAAUGGCACCAACUGGGGUGAUUUUGUUUUUCAUCCUGAAGUCCACAUGGAUGGGCAACUCUUGUGGGGCUAUCUCACGGGGGAGCAGGUCUGUCCUCCCUAUCAUGUUCUUCCUAUGUCACCCACCUAUCCACCCAAUGCUGAUGAUGAUGCCAAGACCUCCUUACUGGAUGCAUUUGAGGCUCAAAUGGAGAGCUGUCAGUCUGAUCUUAGUGUCUAUGAGACUUGGCUGCGCGAGAAGUCUGCUAAGGCCAUCUUACUUGCCAGCAUGGAGGUUGAUCUUGCACGGUCCCUCAGAGAGGCGAUGCCUGAGCUACGAGCUGAGGAGACCCGUCUUCGAGCUGGCGGUGUGAGUCGUGCUCUGCUGCAGCCCUCUGUUCUAGUGGCCACACCUCCACCGGUCUCUCCACCUCUAUCCCAGUCUUCGGUGGGGGCGGGGGUACCUUCUGGUGUGCAGUGUGGCCACUGCAAGCUCUAUGGCCAUAAGGAGAAGGAUUGUCGCAAGAAGCAGCGCAACCGGUACGGACGUCAUGAUAGACGCCACUCUCAGGGCUCUGGGGGUUCCUCCUCUACUUCGCAGGGCACACGCUCUGUGUCUGCAGCGGAGCAGGAGGUUCUUGCCCUGUUUCGUUGCCUCACUACUGCAGCUCAGUCCUCUGCUCAUGGGACUACAACUCAGGCCUUUGCUCACGGGACCACAACUCAGGCUUCUAGCUCCACCCCUCCUCCUCCUUAA